AUGACAACCGCUCUGCGAAGAGUGAUUGUGGAUGACGUCGAUCCCAGCAUCGAGUACACCGGGUCAUGGAACACAGUGAGCGGGCUGCCGUUGGAUAAUGUGGGGAACUUCGGUCCAACAUAUCGCACCACGUUGCAUUCCUUGCGCGGGGCCUCUGGUAGUUUCGCAUUCAGAUUCGAUGGGACUGGCAAUGGCCUGAUCCAAGGUUCGAACAACGUCGUCACAACCGAUGGGGUCACCGAUCCAACUUGGGAGUGCUUCGUGGAUGGCCAGCAAUUAAUACUGGACAAUCCCUUCCGGUUUCCCGAGAACUCAUGGACAUUCUGCAAUUGGGAGGACCUGGCCAGUGGGCCUCAUGUUGUUGCCCUCAACGUUACCAGCCGAAAUGCAGCAUUCUACCUGGAUCGCAUCCAGUAUACGCCAACCAUCGAUACGACCCCUCCCAACCAAGCUCGGAGUCUGUCUACGCAAGACCCAGCCUUGAACUACGAUUCGAAUUGGAGCUUCGCGAAUGGCUUGGGCAUGGUAUCGCGAGGUCCGGGUGCGACAUUUACGCUUGCUUAUGUCGGUGCGAUCCAUACCCUCCUGAUCAACAUGAAACACGCUGACCGUCCCCUUAAUAUCCAGGAUCCUCUGUGGACCUUUGGGGACGACGAAGGACCAGUGUCAUUUAAUAUUCCCAAUGGCACUCUCGACCGUGCGCCGAGUAUGUACAACCAACGAUACUUUACGUCGCCGAAGCGCGCAAUCGGAUCACAUACCGUCACAGUCAAGUACAUCGGAACAGGCGACCCAAGUACCCGUUGUCCCCUCAUUAUCUCGUCAAUGGUGGUCAACAACGAUGAAGGUGGAAGCCCACCUUCGAGCUCGACAAGCGCACCAUCGAGUACUGCGACGAUCGUGCCAUCAAACACUCCGUCGAUCCCUGGGUCCAACGUCCCUGCCACCUCGAACACACAGAACACAGUUGCCAAUGACACGGGAGGUGGUGUAAAAGCCGGCACUAUAGUUGGAGCUGUUCUUGGUAGUCUGGCGGCUCUGCUCAUCGUCAUCUUAACCGUCUGGUAUCUUCUCCGUCGGAGACGACAGCCGUCUCGACCAACUGAACCAGGAGAAUCCUACAUCCAACCCUUCACCGAGGGUAUCCCGCCUGGGCCGACGAUAUACCACCCACCACCAAUGUUGCAACGCCCAAGAAAAGGCACACCCGUGUUCGACGCCUCGGCAUCGAAUUCACUAUCCAACCCAUCCAAUCAAGCACCGUCAUCCCCACCCCGCCCCUCACUUCCAAGAAAUGGCCGGCUAAUACCGAUGGAUGCUUCGCUCCAUCCCCCUGCCCCACCAGAGUCUACUGUGUCGUCGAAUUCUGGCGGGUCUUCAAGUCAAUCCUCUCAGCGGCCGCUUGUCCAGCCUAAAGAGGUCGUUCAUCAGGACAGCGGCAUACGGCUCAAUCAGAAUGGGGAGCCUAUCGUUGGCCAUCCCCCUACCUACACUGCUGGAUAA